CGGAAGCGAAUGGCGGAAACCUAGAUCCACCUUACGCUUUCCGCUUCCAGUUUUUUAGAAUUUGUCCCGUAUUAAUUAUUAUAUUGAAAGGUUUGACUUGCCGAGGAGUAAGCAGAUGUUUUUACUAACAGCUUUAAAGCUUUAAAGGAACAAUGAGGUCGCAUCGAGCUGCCCGGCAGGUUAUGAUCCAGGGCUGAAUGGACGGAUGGGCAGCCGAGUGAUUCAGCUGAAGAGAGUCCUCUGCCAAAUUYACCACCGAUCAAACCCUCCUUUAGUGACGCCUCAUUUCCAGACAUAUGGCCCUGCUGCUCAGCUAGCCGAGAGAAGCAGCGAUCAUGUUCCUGAAAACAUCCUUCACCUCGCUGAUCGUGGGGGUGUUUGUGGUGUACGUGCUGCACACCUGCUGGGUGAUGUAUGGGAUCGUCUACACCAAACCCUGCGACAGCCCCAGAGGAGACAAGUGCAUCACGCCUUUCCUGGCUGCAACCCCGAAACUACAGUUGAGUAUCUACACUUCGCUACAAGCAAACGCAGAAGGAGGGCACACUUUGAUUCAUAAAGAGGAGAGCUUUGAUGUCAACAACAAGUUUGAGAGGGUAGUCAACGUCUCCCUUCCCAAGAAAACACGCAACAAUGGAACUUUGUACGCACUAAUAUUUGUCCACCAGGCUGGUUUCAGCCCGUGGCAGGACCCACGACAGGUCCACUCAGUGGUCCAGCUCACCACCUACAUGGUCCCAAAACCUCCUGAAAUCUCUCUUAUUUCUGGAGAAGAUCAAACCCAGGGUCAGAAACAGGAAGAACAGAAGAAGAAGCAGGGUGACGGUAAGCCUGCGGUGGGAACCGGGGUUAAAGGCGGAGCCUCUUCACCGGACCACCCGGUCUCCCACUGGCGCUCGCGUCUGACGCUCAACGUCGUCGGUGACCACUUCCUGUUUGACAGAGAUUACCUCCCAAGUGACGUUCACAGAUACCUCCGAGUGUUCCAGAAUGGGAAAAAGAUGGUGUAUCUACCUCUGCUGUUUGUCGAUGAGCUCAGCAACAGAGUCAAAGACCUGGUGGAGAUCAACAGCACCUCCACCGAGCUGCCUCUGACCAUCUCCUACGACUCCAUCUCUCUGGGGAGACUUCGGUUCUGGAUCCACAUGCAGGACGCUGUUUUUUCUCUGCAGCAGUUCGGUUUCACAGAAAAGGAUGCUGAUGAGAUUAAAGGGAUCUUUGUGGACACCAACCUGUAUUUUCUGGCUCUGACCUUCUUUGUUGCUGCUUUCCAUCUCCUCUUUGACUUCCUGGCUUUCAAAAACGACAUCAGCUUCUGGAAGCAGAAGAAGAGCAUGGUGGGAAUGUCCAGUAAAGCAGUGCUGUGGAGAUGUUUCAGCACCAUAGUGAUCUUCCUCUAUUUGUUCGACGAGCAGACAAGCCUGCUUGUGCUCAUACCAGCUGGGAUCGGCUCUAUUAUUGAAGUGUGGAAAGUGAAGAAGGCCUUUAAAAUCCAGGUUUUCUGGAAGGGAGGCAAACCUACAUUCCUGUUUGGAAAACUUGAUGAGUCAGAAAGAAGAACAGAAGAAUAUGAUACUCUGGCCAUGAAGUAUCUGUCAUAYCUCCUGUACCCUCUGUGUAUCGGAGGAGCAGUUUACGCUCUCAUUUUCCUACGAUAUAAAAGCUGGUACUCAUGGUUGAUCAACAGCUUGGUGAACGGAGUGUAUGCGUUUGGUUUCCUCUUCAUGCUCCCGCAACUGUUUGUCAACUAUAAGCUGAAGUCUGUGGCUCACCUGCCCUGGAAGGCCUUCAUGUAUAAGGCAUUCAACACUUUCAUCGAUGAUGUCUUUGCCUUCAUCAUAACCAUGCCGACAUCCCACAGACUGGCCUGCUUCAGAGACGAUGUGGUUUUUCUCAUUUACCUUUACCAGAGAUGGCUCUACCCAGUGGACAGAACUCGAGUCAAUGAAUACGGCAUCUCAUACGAUGAAAAACCAAAAGGGAAGCCUCACAAGGAAUAGAAAAAAAAAGAUUCAUCACUGACUUUUGUUCCUGCUCUUCUCCACUGAGAUGCUGCUGACAUCUAGUGGCAACGCAGGAAGGUUGUAAUCAACUGAAUAUUGUUGCACAUCUUUCUCCUCCAACAGCGGCUGCUACAAACGUAAAAAACUGCAAAAAGGAAGGCCCUCUGUUUCUGCCGGUGUUUGGUUUGUCUAAUCGUGGCAGAGCAGCAAGGUGGACUAAAGGAUCUACACAGUCAGUACAUAGAAAAUAUUAUAUUUGAGUUCUACUCUGAUUAAAACAGCUACGGACAUUGAUUUUUGCUUCCUGCAAGGCCACAGUGAUAAACGAUACACUGCAGCUUUUGCUAACAUUACCUGAGCUGAGUCCAGUGGGUUCAGGAUAAAAAGGGUUUUUAAAGAAGAUAAUGAGGUUAAAAGUUUCUGCUGGUUUGGCCUUUGUGCAGCGAGGAGGUUKUUUUUAUGUGUUGCAGUGCAUCAUGGGACAUGAUCUGUAAAGCUAAACUGUGGUCCUGUCAGAGCUCAUGCAACAACGUGAACUGACAGGAAGUCAUUUAUUCAUUUGAACACAGUUUGUGUUACAGUUUCCGUCUGAUUAAUAAAAAAAAAUUCAGUAAUGUCGUAGAUAAUAAUUGCAAAUUUUUAUCUUGGGACCAAUGCUGGGGAAAAAAAUUCAACGUAAAAUUUAAUAGAAAAAACAAUUUGUAUAUUUAAAAGAUCUGAGAUUGGAACCUCUUUUCAGUAUGAGUAAACUAGCAGGUUGAAGGUUUUUUUUAAAUAUAUUUUUGUUUAAGCUCAUUUGUUGCCAUGCAGAAUAAUUAAAUUAGUUUAACAUUCCACAUUUUUACUUCAGAGUUCCAGUGAUUUUCUAUCCUGUAAGCUUAUUUUUAUUUCACUGUAAACAAACAAGAAGGUCCACUGAGCUAUAYUGUUUUCUACAUUCCUCUGGUUUUGAAGUUUCACAGAUUUGAGUGUUUUUAUUUUUUUAAGGGGGUGAUUUGGUUUGUUUUCUUACACGUCUGCGCCAAGAAAUUAUAUUAGUGCCAAAAGUACGAGUGAUUAUUUUGAACGGUUUGUGAGUUUUUAGUUCUGCAGCUCUGAUUUCAUGUAAUGUUUGAAGUAGAUAACUGACAUUUUGAAAGAAACUGUGAUUGUAAGACGUAAGGAAAGUAUUAAAACCUCUGGAUUUACACAUCA